AUGGGCAGAUUGAUGCAGUUUAAUUCGAAACAUUUUGGAGGUCGACGGAAACAAUAUUGGAUUUCGAAGAUGCGUUUCUUCUCCCGGACGCUUGUGCUCCUUGUGGUUGCGUUAAUAGCAGGAGCAGUGAACGCUAACGAUGCGGUUAAAGAACGUCGAAUUAUUGGAGGAGUCCGGGCGUUCCCUGGGGAAUUCCCAUGGAUGGUAUCGAUCCAGCGAUUGAUUCUGACCCGCGCCAACCACGUCUGCGGUGGUUCCAUUUUGAACCAAUUCUACGUGCUAACCGCGGCUGAGUGCUUCUUCAAUAACCAGAACAGCCGGUAUCGGGUACAGGCCGGUAAGAUACUGCUGAACACCUUCGAACCGACCGAACAGACCAUCAACGUCCUGCGCUUUACGAUGCAUCCCAUGUACGAUGGCACUGCGAGUCCGUACGACAUCGCCACCGUACGAUUGGCAUCGCCAUUCGGCUUUACCGCCUACAUUCGGCCAAUCCAGUUGCCAACCGCCGAGACCAUUCCGGCUGGAGUGGUCAAGUUUUCCGGCUGGGGAGCGACCUCGACGGGGCUUCUACCGACCAUGCCCAACGAUCUGCAGAUGUUCCAGGUUGGAAUCAUGCCUAACGAGGAGUGUCAGAUUGCGGUUAACGGCGCAGUAGACAAUGAUCCGGUGACGGAACGGAACGUCUGUCUCGGUCCAGCGACCGGUGGUAUCGGUGCGUGUAGUGGCGAUGCUGGUGGUGCAGCCGUUCAGACCAUUCUUGGACAGGACACGAUCGUCGGUAUUAUCGCGUGGCAACUGUCUUCCUGUGGCCAAGCAGGCAAUCCCUCCAUCACUACGCGUGUUUCGGCGUUCAUCGAUUGGAUUAACCAAAAUUCUCAAAUAUAA